GUAGCCUGUAUAUAGAGCAGCGCCUUCACUCAUCUCCUCGAAAGGAGGAAGAAAGCCAAUACACUGGUUCUGCCUUACUGGUUAGAGAGAGCUUACUGCUGCGGCUGUGCGUGCUCCUUGAUUGAAUCGAGUCGAGCCCGGUCCGAAUCCAAGCCAAGGGAUGGCAACUGGGAGCGAAGCCGUGAAAUCAGCUGAGGCUGUGCUUGAGUGGAACAAACAGGACAACAAGAGGAUGCUUCACGCUGUUUACCGUGUCGGGGAUCUGGACCGCACAAUCAAGUACUACACGGAAUGCUUUGGGAUGAAGCUGUUGAGGAAAAGAGACGUUCCUGAUGAGAAGUACACCAACGCCUUCCUUGGGUUUGGACCAGAGGACACCAACUUUGCACUUGAAUUGACAUACAACUAUGGUGUUGACAAGUAUGACAUUGGAGAGGGCUUUGGGCAUUUCGGUAUCGCUAAUGAGGAUGUGUACAAGUUGGCUGAGAAUAUUAAAUCCAAGGGUGGCAACAUUACUCGUGAACCUGGUCCUGUCAAGGGAGGAUCCACUGUUAUUGCCUUUGCACAAGACCCUGAUGGUUACCGUUUUGCGCUUAUUCAGAGGGCUGAGACACCUGAGCCUCUUUGCCAAGUCAUGCUUCGUGUUGGUGACCUUGAGCGAUCUAUCAAGUUCUAUGAGAAGGCCCUUGGGAUGAAGCUCCUAGAAAAGAAGGAUGUUCCCGAUUAUAAGUAUACCAUUGCAAAGUUGGGCUAUGCUGAUGAGGACAAGACAACUGUUCUGGAACUGAUAUACAACUAUGGUGUCACAGAAUAUAGCAAGGGCAAUGCAUAUGCUCAGGUUGCUAUUGGCACCAAUGAUGUGUACAAGAGUGCCGAGGCUGUUGAUCUUGCGACCAAAGAACUGGGGGGCAAGAUUUUGCGGCAGCCAGGGCCGCUACCUGUGAUCAACACAAAGAUCACCUCUUUUGUUGACCCAGAUGGCUGGAAAGUGGUUCUGGUUGACCACGCCGACUUCCUCAAGGAACUCCAGUGAAGACUGGACGCCCAGGUGGCAUGCUAGGAUGUAGUAGUGCUUGUCCAUGAUGUAAUAAACGGCUGUUGGUGGUUCAGUUUGUCCCUGCCCCGAUGAACCGAAAAUAAAAUUGCUGCAGAGCUGUGCUUUUGCUAGUGAUCUUCCUUUGGGAUUGGCUGUGUGGUUAUGCUGUUAGUAGUAUGCAAUUGCUACCUGUAGCAACCUGUCUAUUAGAAUGGGUCAGUUCGCCUGGUUGAAUGGUGUUUGGUUCACUGUGAUCUGUUCUGGUUU